AGGGACAGUCAGCGAUCCAGAAGCCGCUGCGCCAUGAGUGUCUCUGCGCUGAGCGCCCCCAGAGCCCUGGGCGGUGUCUCUGGGCUCCUGCCGGCGGCCUCCCUGCUCGGCCUGCUUCUGCUUCUGCUCAAGGCAGCGCAGCUCUACCUGCGCAGACAGUGGCUGCUCAAAGCCCUCCAGCAGUUCCCGUCUCCUCCUUCCCACUGGCUCUAUGGGCACAUGCAGGAGUUCCAAGAGGAGACUGAGCUGCGACCCCUACUGAAGAGGGUAGAGAAAUACCCAAGUGCCUGUUCUCGCUGGCUGUGGGGGACGAAAGCCCUAGUGUUGAUCUAUGACCCUGACUACAUGAAGGUGGUCCUAGGGAGAUCAGACCCAAAGUCUCAUGAUUCCUACAGAUUGCUGAUUCCCUGGAUUGGGAAUGGUUUGCUCGUGUUGGAGGGGCAGAAGUGGUUCCAGCACCGGCGGAUGUUGACCCCAGCCUUCCACUACGACAUCCUGAAGCCCUACGUGGGUCUCAUGGCCGACUGUGUCCGAGUGAUGCUGGACAAGUGGGAGGAGCUCAUCAGCCCAGACUCACAUCUGGAGAUCCUUGGACACGUCUCCUUGAUGACCCUGGACACCAUCAUGAAGUGCGCCUUCAGCCACCAGGGCAGCAUCCAGACAGACAGAAACAUCCAGUCCUACAUCCAGGCCAUCAGGGACCUCGGCAAUCUGACUUUUUCCCGGUUAAGAAAUGCUUUCCACCAGAACGACAUCAUCUAUAGACUGACCCCUGAAGGCCGCUGGAGCCACCGGGUCUGCCAGCUGGCCCAUCAACACACAGAUGGAGUGAUCAAGCUGAGGAAGGCUCACCUGCAGAAGGAGGGAGAGCUGGAGAAGGUGAGGAGCAAGAGGCACUUGGAUUUCCUGGACAUCCUCCUCUUUGCCAGAAUGGAGAAUGGGAGCAGCUUGUCUGACAGGGACCUCCGUGCCGAAGUGGAUACGUUCAUGUUCGAGGGUCACGACACCACAGCCACUGGCAUCUCCUGGACCCUCUAUGCUCUGGCCUCCCACCCUGAGCAUCAGCAGAGGUGCCGGGAAGAGAUCCAGAGCCUCCUGGGGGAUGGCGCCUCCAUCACCUGGGACCACCUGGACAUGAUGCCCUACACCACCAUGUGCAUCAAGGAGGCACUGCGACUCUAUCCACCAGUGUCAUUCGUUAGCAGAGAUCUGAGCAAGCCCAUCACCUUCCCUGAUGGACGCUCCUUACCUGCAGGAAUCCCGCUCUCCCUCUCCUUUUAUGGGCUUCACCACAACCCGAGGGUGUGGCCGAACCCAGAGGUGUUUGACCCAUCCCGGUUUGCACCAGGUUCUGCUCGACACAGCCAUGCUUUCCUGCCCUUCUCAGGAGGAUCCAGGAACUGCAUCGGGAAGCAGUUUGCCAUGAAUGAGAUGAAGGUGGCCGUGGCCCUGACCUUGCUUCGCUUUGAGCUGGCACCCGAUCCCUCCAGGGUCCCUGUUCCCAUUCCGAGAGUUGUGCUGAAGUCCAAGAAUGGGAUCCACUUGCAGCUCAGGAAGCUCCUGUAAUCCUUGGGGACAAGGAUGAGCUCUGAGGGCCCCUGCCUACCAUCCUGUCUCGCUGUCACUCUCUCCUGUCCUUGCCUCUGUGCCCACUUCCUGCUUCUAUCUGCCCACCUGCCGGCUUACCUCAUCUCCUGCCUCCUGCCCAUCAGACGUUCUGCCCUCCUCCUCUCACCUUUCUCCAGGCUCCCUAUCUGCUUAUCUCUCCAUCUGUCUCUGACCCACCUGUGUCUCUGACUGAUCACCUAAACCCUGAUCGCCUGCACUCCUUCAGUCUGUCUAUACUCUCCCUGUCUUUCUCCCCUUCUGCCUGCCUGUCUGUCCCUGAAUUCACUUCCUUUUGCUGAUAAAAUAAUUGGCCACAGCCUUUUGGACUUAGAACAACACAGAGUUAUUUUCUGACAGCUCUGAAGUCAGAAGUCGGAAAUGGGUUUCCCUGGACACAGUCAAGAUGUUGGCAGGGACCUAGGAGAGGAUCCCUCUCUUUGCCUUUUCCCACAUCUAGAACUGCCAUCCUUGCGUUCCUUGGCUCCUGGGCCCUCCUCCAUAUUCAAAUCCAUCAGCUUCUUCAAAUGUUCCCCUGUUUCUAUCCUCACAUCGCCUUCUCUUUCAUAAGGCCCUUUGUGAUUACACAGGCCCACUCAGAUAAAACAGGCUUGCUCUGAGUUCUGGGGAUUAGGAGGAGAACACCUUGGGCAGCCUUACUGUAGCUGCUAAGUCCUGUGUGACUACCAUCGCCUUGGGCCCCCGAUCACUCUCCUGUGUUACGGGUCUACCCGUUUGUCACUCACCUGGCUUCCCCCUCUUUCCCACUCCCUGGAUAAAUUCACAAUGUCA